UGAACAUGUGGCAUCCCAAUGCAGGGCAGCCGGUGCAAAAUGCAAGUAUCCCUUACAUGGGGUGCCCUGGAGGUUCCAAUCCUGGGUGUCCACCUCCUUUGUGCCCACAACCUGUAAAUCCGGCCAUUCCUCCUGGUCCUGUUCCCGGGUGUCCCUUUCCUCCAGGACCUCCCCAGGGGAACCCAGCUUUCCCUCCAUGUGGGCCCUCUUACCCUGUGCCACAGCCACAGUAUCCAGGAUAACAACCCUCAGGUCCUUACCCCCCAUGCCCACCACCUGCACCUGGCAUGUGUCCUGUGAAUCCCCUGGCUCCUGGCAUAGGCCCACGAGCCCCAAUGGACAAGAAAACACUGAAGAAAAUGAAGAAAACACAUAAAAAGAUGCACAAACACCACAAGCAUGGCAAGCAUUCCUCCUUUUCCUCCUUCUCUUCCAGCAGAGACUCUGACUGA